CUUUGAUUUCAUAUCACAAUUUGUGCUGGACUAUAGAUUUUUACGUGGAUACUGACUGAAGAAGAUAUUCUCUGCUGGACUGCUAUAUUUAUAUGUGUUGGGAGAUGAGAGUCAUAGCAUGCACUCUGUUCAUCUUGGGCCUGCUGUGGGACGGGCUGACAGCCGAAGACAGUAUCAGCAGCCUACGAGAGGCAGCAGUGGCAUGGGAGGGGGAGCUACCGUGCGGACAGUGGAACUGUGUCUGUGCAUUCCAGCGCCACAGAGGCUGCUGCUGUGCCGCCACUGAGCUCCAAGAAGUGGAGGAUCAAAUCUUCACGCGAAUGAUGGACCUGUUGGCGAGGAUGUCCCAGCUGGGUGCCAGUAUCGUUGAAGUGAUAGGAGGGAUGAGGAUUGGGUUCACAGCCUCCGUGAGCAGCAGAACAAACUGCAUCGGGCCUUUCACCAGGAACAGCCCCAUCCCUUAUGAUGUUGUCACCCUCAACCAUGGACAUGGAUACAACCCCGCCCUGGGUAUAUUCACAGCUCCUCGUUCUGGAGUGUAUUCCUUCUCCUUCUCGAUCUACUCCAAGGUGGGAGGGAAAGGAGAAAGGAUGUACUACAAAGUGCAACUCAUGAGAAACCGGGAGGUGGUGGCAUCCACAUGGGAAGACAACAGAGAGGACUCGGAGGACAGCAGCUCCCAGACUGUACUGCUGUCUCUGCAGCAGGGAGGCCAGGUCUAUGUAGAGCUGCUGAGCGGCAGGCAGCUAUGUGGGAUCACUGAGGGCCUAAACACCUUCUCUGGCUCCUUGAUUUACUCCACUCAGGCCUAA